UGCUGCGCCCACUCAGGCGCGGCGCCCGGCGCGCGGCAGACGCUGGACGAGAUGGACUUCGAGAGGGGAAUCUGGUCGGCAGCCCUGAACGGGGACCUGGGUCGCGUGAGAUAUUUAAUCCAGAAGGCGGCAGACCCUAGCCAGCCUGACUCGGCUGGCUACACCGCUCUGCACUACGCCAGCCGCAAUGGGCACUAUGCUGUGUGCCAGUUCCUGCUGGAAAAUGGGGCCAAGUGUGAUGCCCAGACCCAUGGGGGUGCCACUGCCCUGCACCGGGCCAGCUACUGUGGGCAUACUGACAUCGCACGUCUUCUGCUGUCACAUGGGUCCAACCCCAGGCUGGUAGAUGAUGAUGGCAUGACUAGUUUACAUAAGGCUGCUGAGAAGGGUCACAUGGACAUCUGCUCCCUCCUAUUACAACACAGCCCAGCCCUGAAGGCCGUCCGAGAUCGGAAGGCACGACUAGCAUGUGACCUGCUACCCUGCAACAGUGACCUGCAGGACCUGCUAGCCAGCUGAAUCACCACCCUUCUGCUUCAGGCUGCCAUGCAAGGGUACACAGACGAGGUCUUCACACCCCUGGCUUGGUCAGCAUUUAUGGUGCAGGGUGGGAAACUGAGGCCCACACACCCAUUUUGGCCACUGGAAGUAAGGGAGUAUAUUUGAUGGGGCUGCAAGUGCUGAAGCCUGGACAGAUGCUGCUGCUGCUCUAAAUGAGUUCAGGUGGAACCAUCUAUCUGUUUGGAAAAAAUAAAGUUCUAUCCUUACCUCAUCUCACGUACAAAAUUAAAUUUCGAGUAGAUUUAAAGACCUAAAUUAAAAAACACAAAAUGAUGUGAGUAUUAGAAGAAGCUAUGGAAUAUAUGAAACAAAAGCUGCUUUCUAGCCGAGUGACCCUGGCGAAAGUCACUUUACCCAUCUGUCCCCGUUUCCUCAUCUGUAAAAUGAGAAAGAUUAUAUACUAGGCCCCUCCAAGGCAUCGUGGGGAUUAAAUGGGUGGGUAGAUGGCAAGCACCACAGAGGGUACCUAGCACGUUAUGAGCAAUGUGUCAGAGCGUUCAUAUCCUCAAAACCUGAUCAGCACUUGUUUUUUAAACCAUAAUCUUUUUUAUCAAUUUGAUAGAUUUGAAAAUGCUGUUGCUUUAUUUUGCAUUACUGAUUAUUAGUGAGGCUGAACACCUGUCUUCUGUGAACUUCCUGUUUAUCCCCUUUUUCCUAUUAAAUUUUUUUUCUUUUUAUUGAUUUAUAGUUUAUCCUGGACAGUGAUCCUAUGUUUUAUAUAUGUACAUAUAUUUCUCCCCCCACUCCACUCUUUCAUUUUGUCACUUGUCUUCGUUGGUAUCUGUGGAAAUUGGUAUAGCCACUUGUAGAUGGCAGUAUCUAUUAAAAUUUAAGUGAACAUGGCCAA